AUGUUAUCGGGAGCCGCUUCAGUCGGAAACUAGAGGGGAAUUACGAGCAGCAUGCGCGCCGCGGCGCGCACAGGUCCGGCGUGCGGAUAAACAAUUAUCAUUUUGUUAUCACGGUAGAUCCUCGACGCCGGUCAAAGUGCUCAGAGUUUGGACCCGCUGAAAGUAUUUUAGAAGCGAAGGCCUCUCAGUUCGACCGCGACUCGACGAUGGAAACGCAAACGAAGGCGAUCGCGGAACUUCGCGAGAAGUUUCACAAGAAAUUAAGCGACGAAGGUUCACCUGAUCCCAAAGGUUUUCAUCCUGCGGAUAUAGCCAGAAUAAAUAAUAACGAUGACUGGCUAAAAAGAUUUCUAGAGCAUCAUGAAUUCAAUACGCAAGAGGCAUUCAAUAUGCUGUGGGAAACUUGUAUUUGGAGGAGAAAAAUUGGAGCAAAUGAUAUUAACGAGGAUAAUGUAAAGAGAGAAUAUUUAGAAGAUGGAUCCUGCUUUAGUCAUGGCAGAGAUAAAGAUGGCAAGAAACUUUUUAUAAUCAAGUCAAAGUUACAUUUUAAGGGAGUAAAAGAUUUUUCAGAACUUCAAAGAUGUAUAGUUUAUUGGUUUGAGAGAUUAGAAAGAGAAGGCAAUGGAAAUCAAAUAUCUAUCUUUUUUGAUAUGGCAGAAACUGGACUUUCUAAUAUGGAUAUGGAGUUUACCAAGUAUCUCAUUGGUUUAUUCAAGUCUUAUUAUCCAAACUUCCUAAAUUAUAUUAUAAUUUUUGAAAUGCCGUGGGUCCUAAAUGCAGCUUUUAAAAUCAUAAAAUCAUGGUUACCAGCUAAAGCAAUUCCAAAAAUUAAGUUUGUCAACAAGUCCACAUUAAAAGAGUUUGUGGAUCCCAAUGAUGCUCUUAAAUGUUGGGGUGGUAACAAUGAUUAUACCUUUAUAUUUAUCCCAGAAGUACAAACCAAUGAAGAUAUAUCAAAUGGUAAACUAGAUAAUAAAAAGGUGCAUUUUGUAGAAGGUUCUCCACUUACGGAACAAAGUCCUACUAGUUUUGGAGACCAAACAACUAAUGAAGAACAAUUAUUAUCUGUAGAACCUGAUGCAAUCACAUUUAAUAAAGAUGGAAAAGAAAUCACUGGAGUGAUUAUAUUAAAAAAUAUCACAACUGACAAGACUUUAUCCUAUAAGAUAAAGACGACGUCUCCUGAAAAAUUCAGAGUACGACCAAGCUCAGGACUUCUGCAACCCUCUGAGCAAAAAAGUAUUAUGGUCGUAUUGCAACCUGGCUAUGAUGUACGUGGUCUGUUGCACAAUGAUCGAUUUCUAGUCAUGUGCCUUCCUGUGAAUGCGGACAUUACAGCAACAGAUCUGCAUACGCUUUGGAAGUCUGGAAAGCCAACGGAACAACAUAAAUUGAAAUGUUGUGACGGUACUGAAAACAAUGAGAUGCAAAAGUCUCAGUCAAUAUUAACUUCUAGUGUAGCAGGAAAUGAUCGUAAUAUUGACACAUUUUUCUCUAAGAUGGAUCGUAUAGAAGAUAUUUACAAGAAGCUGCAUACUAAUAUCGAAAUAAUAAAAUAUAUGGUUUUCAUAUGUAUGUUAACGAUAAUAUUAAUUACAAUGGCAACGCUUUAUACUUUAAAAAAUGAUAUCAAAGAAUCAAUAGAUCAUAUGCACAAUGAUAUUAAAGAGGCGAUGUAUCAACAAGACUGCCAUAUGGGUCGCGGUAUUUAAAAAUGUGUUUGUAACAGCAACAUUAGUAUGUAAGAAAAAUUUUGAAUGUUUUUGUGAAAUUUUAUAUCUUAGAUGGUCGAUGCGAUCAAGUAUUUUCUCUCCAAUGAUCUGUAAAUGUGUAUUACCACAAUUAGUUUUAUAUUUUGUUAUUAUCCAAAUAUGUACACACACACACACAUACACACACUGCUAUUAUAUUUCCAAUAAGUUACCAUCGUGUUUUGUAAACAUAUAACAUAAAAAAGGCGCAUUAUUAAUCUAUUGUAUUUAUGGUACUGUGAAAUUAACAUUAAAAUUGCUAUUUUUGUAAACUUU